AUGACGUCCCUUUUGGGGUUUUCAUUUCAGUUUAAAGGAUCACAAAAUAUUAGUCAUGUGACUGGAUCAAAGGUUAUUUCAACUUUUCUUCACAUUAUAAACAUGGUCGAUCGACUUGUGAACAGUGAAGCUAAUCGGAAGAGGAUAGAGCAGGUGGAACUAUGCUUUGGAGGCUCGGGCCAGCCCCUAGCUGUUCCAGGGCGGGUGUUGGUCGGCGAGGGAGUCCUCACAAAGAACUGCCGGAAGCGAUGCAAACCUCGUCAAUUCUUCCUCUUCAACGAUGCCUUGGUCUACGGCAAUAUUGUACUCAGUAAAAAGAAGUAUAACAAGCAGCAUGUAUUGCCAUUAGAAGACGUGAGGUUAAAAUCCGUCGACGACGAAGGCAAUUUAAAGAAUGGUUGGCAGAUCAUCAGUGCGACCAAGUCAUUCACAGUUUACGCUGCCACGGCAACAGAGAAAUCUGAAUGGAUGGCCCAUAUAAACAAAUGCAUCUCAGAUCUCCUAGCAAAAAGUGGGAAGAAGCCCGCUACAGAGCUCAGUCCUGUCUGGGUGCCGGACCAUGAUGCCCCUCACUGAUGCUUUAAUAAGAGAUUUACAGCGCUGUUCAGAAGGCACCAUUGUCGGAAGUGUGGUAAGGUGGUCUGCCAGUCUUGCUCCGCCAAGAAGUUCUUCUUCCCUCAGUCCGAAGCCCCCGUCAGGGUCUGCGACUACUGCUACCAACAACUUUCUCUGGAGAAGAACGGCACAAGAGAAAGGAUGGGAGAGACUCGGAAUGCUGCCCCUCUUGACCAGGACUCCGAUGACGAUGACGAUGAUGACGAAGACAUCGAUGCCAUCACAAGAAAUACACCAGCAGAAGAAGUGCAUCCAACAUUCUACGAAGAGAACUAUCGGUGAGGGGGUAAAUAGGCGACCCCAUUCCCUAGUGCCAAUUUUGAACUAACGGAGACAACGUGAUAGAAGGCGUGUGCUCUGCCCUCUGUAGGACUUGUUUUACAUAUGAUUUAACUGCAGCAGUUUUUCUUUAAGACGUUAGUGUAAUGUGCUAAACAUAUCUGUAUCUCAUGACUGAUAUGUUUGCGAAGGACCUUUGUUGUGCGUAGCUACUUUUUCUCCCUGCUUGCCGUUACCUUACGUGUAAAAAGAAACCUGCUGCCGUUUCCCAUGUCGUGUGUUAACAAGCCUUUACGAUCCAUGAGCGUUCACACACAGCACCUCGUAGUGUUCAUCGGAAUUCCGUACGUCUGCCUGGUUAAGCAUGUAUACAGUGACGUCAAGGUAUCGAUGAGUCAAUACUUAAAGGGAUAGUUGAGUUCUUGUUUCUGACCGCAGAUGCCUUCAAAGUGCAUGGUUAUUGCUCUUAUUCUUAUUUAUGACAUUUCUAGUGCCCUUUUGGAACCUAAAAUUGCUAUGAAGGUAAUUUUAGACCCCAAAAUGUGUGAAUUUAGAUUGAAUACGAUCAUACCGAUUCAGCUUCGCUUAAAAAAAAAUAUGGUGACCAUUAAUUAAUUAAUUAUUAAUAACAAUGCACUGGCCGGCUGGUUGUGCGUAUCAUAACCAACACAAAAAAGCCAACAAAAAAGCCAAUGUUGGCAUUGGCUGGAAUAAAACGUAUAAGGCGCUAUCUUGUCUUUUUAACGACUGGUUCAAAGUUCCCCAAUAUUUGUGGGGCACCACAAAUAUUAGAAAUGUUGUGGGGCACCACAGAUAUUAGAAAUGUUUAUAUUUAUGGAUAUUUUGGCCAUCUCUGAACUGAAUUUGAUCAAUCAAAGAUGAUUUUGUCAUUUAAAUUGUAUAUUCUUUCAAAUUUGACACUCAGUUUUUUCAUUAUCUCAUAAAAAAGGUUAUUUUGUGAAGCACCCUCUGCAACAAAACUCAACUAUCCCUUUAACAAAGUCGUGUUGUAGGGGAAACGUAAAAGAAAAAGAAUGUUUGGUGGAGAUUUACUGCAAUGAAAUAAGAAUUAGGAUGAAUAAUGUAAAAAUUAAAAAUGAAAUCUGUGUAUAAAGACUGAUCAUGAUUUUUAAUCAACAAUGUUUUGUGAUAAUUCCUUUGCUCAAUAACACUUGGUUAUGUCUGAUUUAUCACCUUGUACUUCAGAGGAAUAUUUAAAAACUAA